UGCAUCAUACAAAAUGUCGCUCUCAUGGUGCUUCUGGGAGGCGCAUUUCUCAUGUUUAUCGAACCAAAGUAAUGUUUACGGGCUGACUUCUUUUCGGCUUCCAGAUGGAGGCAGUAAAGUACUCGUAGCGCCUCUUAAAGAUAACGUUUUGUGUCUCGAGUAUGUGAAGGAAAAGGGUAAAUUGAAGCCAGUCGCAAAGGAAGUUCAGUUCAUAUACAGUAAUCCAGAUGAUGCAGAGGUGGUGUCCAUCGGUGCAUUUACCAAGCAGCCUGAAGCUACUGGACUGGUUGUCGGUAUCACAUUCACAAAGGAUGAUGGAAGUGACAGUCCCAGCCAUUACUUCAAUAUUUACUACCCUUGGGAGAAGGAUGCAGACUUCAAUCUGGACAGAGAUUCACAGGGCUGGAAUAACAUUGAACAUUUACUGGAUUUUAUACCGUACUACUUGUGUCACACAGACAUAAAUCAAGAGAGAGACUCUGUUUUUCUUCUCACCGGAGGCGACGGUAAAGUCCACUUGUACAAAGAGGGCAAAGGGUCUUCCAGCCGCUUCUCAGAGCACCCAGUCGAAGAUCUCUUUCCUGAAUGUGAAGAUCUUCCAAGCAUAGCUCUGUGGUUACAUUGUGUCUCGUUACCAGAUGAAAGACGAUUGACUGCCAUCGGUUGCCAAAAUGGCUACCUUCGAUUAUCUCUAGUCUCCUGUAAGGCAGACUACACAGACAUCGUAAGGACUUGGGAGCUGCAGCAUGACAGCGCCAUUACCAGCGUAAAUCUCUUCCAGGGCCGCUCUCCAGUCAAGAGACCCUCAUUCUUGCCAAUAGGAGAAGGCGAUGACGAUUGCUCUGACGCUAAUAGUGUAUCUGGGGAUGAAGAGUGGCAUCUACUAGUGACUAGCGCACUAGAGAUUGCUGUUGUAUAUAGGAAUGUUCUAAAUAACGGUUUCCAGAAUCAGUUGGUGUUACCGGAUAGUGAUUGUUUUGACUGUACACUGUGUGCCUGUGUGGCGGAUUUGGAUUGGGAUGCACAUAAUGAAAUCCUCAUUGGCACAUAUGGGCAGGAACUACUCUGCUACAAAUACUUCCCAAGUGACGAUGUGAAACCGCAGAAAAGUGAAGGAAACAAAGCAGCGAAAGAAACCAGAGAUGAUGAAAACCAAAGAAGCACAGUGUUGAGACAAGAGGAUGGAGCCAUUCUGGAAGGUGAUUUACAGGACGAUCUAGAAGGAGAAGAGCGGGAACCAGACAUGGUUGAGGGCGGAGAUGAGAAUCCUUGCCAGGGGGACGGACGUCUCCUAGGAGGAGAGUAUCGACUCGUAUGGCAGAGAAGCUUUGCCCAUCCACUUCUUGCCAUGAAAUAUGUGGAUUUGAUGUCUGAUGGAUUGUAUGAACUCAUACUGUUAUCCCAGAAAGGAGUACAUAUCCUCCAGCAUGAUUUGACGGAAGCAGCUCGCAUGUGUGUAGAAAGACUGACUGAUAUCCCUACACCCUCCUCAUCGGAGGAUACAAGGUGACAAGCAGAGUACUCAUGAUGUACCGGUGGACAUUGACUUGAGGAAUCAGCUAGGACUAUUUAAGAUGGAAACUUGAGAAAUCCUCUUAAACUCUGUAAGACAGACGUUUCCCCAGGGAUAAUGAUGCACGUAGCAGUGGACUUGAAUCCAGACCUGGGCCAAACUUCAUAGAGCUGCUUAAAGACUUCACAUCAGAUGAUGUGUUUUUCGGCCAAAUAUUUCUUGACUGAGUUUUAUCUUUCCUCUAGCACUCCAGUUUGAAUCCUACCGAGGGCACUAAGUGGAUGGGUUUUCAGUCCCUAGUUGACUGCUUGGAUUUUCCCUGGAAUAAUUCUCUGGGGUUUUCCUCCCAUAUCUAAAACUGAAAUUUCCUUAGCAGGUAUAGCAUAAGGUUCCUUUUCUGAAAAUCCUUGGCUUCACAGUCAGAGCUAAUAAAUAAAAUUUAACUUGCAAAUGUCUUAUUUGCACUCAUCAGCUAUUCACAACAAAUGUACUGGCAUAAAGCCUGCAUGCAGGGCACCCUCACUAAAUAAAUGACAGAGUGGAUGACACCACAAGAAUUUCCUUCACUUUUGUUGGAUUAGAGGACUACAAAGAAAUUAUUUUAUUUUGGACCAUGUUAAUAGGUUACAGCGCCCUCUAAUGGUGCCAAGUAAAUAAAUCAGUAGAGGGCGCUAUAUAACUUCCGUAUGGACCAAAUGUAUUAACUUUUUAUGCAGUAUUUGUGUUAAAAAAACAUAUGAAUUCUGGCUCUGUUCAUGGUAACCUGGUACAAACACCAUUCUAUCAAACUCUAAUAUUGGUUUAAUUUUUUACAAAACUACUGCAAAUGCCAUUUUUCGCAAACAAAUGGAAGAUUGAUUCUGAACUAUUUACAAGUAUACAAACAUUGGCUAUUGAUCUGUUUAUAUCAAUUGUGGUUCUGUUUAUAGUGGAACAGCACUAGAAUUGUAUAGGUAUUUGGGAGCAAUGGAUACAUUUUUAAAGCCCAAACUGCUGAAAUUGACUUAACAACUUUCUUUUUAUUUCAAAGAGACAAUUAAAGGGAAAGAGUAUCAAAUACUAAACUUUAAACAACUUCUCGAUGCGUACCCUUAACUUUCAAAUAAUUAUGUGCUCAUAUUAAUUUUUGGUUUUUUACCCAUACACCGAUGUGUGUUAGCACUGUAUACUCGGUGUCCUGUGAAAAAAUA